CGCGGUUACGUAACACGACUGAGGUUAAAACGCGAAUUUCCGGUUAAGAGUGUUUGGGUUUGGUUUGUGCUAUUGUUUAGGAAUAAAACCGCAUUUAUAAUUUUCUUUGGUUGGAAGUUUUUCCGUUUUAGUUUCCCUUUACCGCGGUGAGCUUAUCUGCAAGAAUGGCACAGUCAACAGGACGUCGCAGCAAAUGGGAUCAGGCAGGCCCUCCUGCUGCAACUCUGCCUGGCAUUGUGCCUGUAACUACUCUACAAUCCAUGCCACACUCUGUAGGAAGUUGUACAGUUACUAGUGUAGCACAGCCAGCAGUACAGCCAACCAGUUCUGGAGUGGAAGGAUCAAAUGCCCCAUCUGGAGCACUUGAUGCAGCAGCCGCGGUAGCAGCCAAAAUUAAUGCAAUGCUAAUGGCGAAGGGAAAACUGAAGCCAGCACAGGGUACUCAAGACAAGAUAAGUCGUAUGAGUGGGGCAGCAGUAUCCACCCGUGGGCGUUAUAUGAGCCCAGAAGAAAAGGCUAAAGCUGGUCCUGGGGAUCGGCUGCUGUAUUUGCAUGUUCAAGGUCAGACUCGCGAAAUAGUGGACAGAGCUGUUAACCGGAUUAAAGAAAUAAUUACAAAUGGUGUCGUAAAAGCUGCCACAGGUUCAAGUCCCACAUUUAAUGGAGCCACAGUAACAGUGUACCAUCAGCCAGCACCAGUUACCCAGCCCACACCAUCAGGACCUAAACCCUUUCAGUCGGGGAUGCAUUAUGUGCAAGAUAAAGUAUUUGUUGGACUGGAACAUGCAGUGCCUACUUUCAAUGUCAAGGAGAAGGUUGAAGGUCCUAGUAGCUCAUUCUUGCAACACAUUCAGAAUGAGACUGGAGCAAAAGUUUUCUUGAGGGGGAAGGGUUCUGGAUGUAUUGAACCUGCAUCUGGCAGGGAAGCCUUUGAACCAAUGCACAUCUAUAUAAGCCAUCCAAAACCUGAAGGCCUGGCCGCUGCCAAAAAACUUUGUGAGAGUUUGCUGCAGACUGUCCAUGCUGAGUAUGCUAGAUUUGUUAAUCAGUUAAGUACCCCAGUGCCACCUCCAGGUUAUCCACAAACAGCAGUUUUGAAUAGUGUCCUACCGCAAGUGCCAUAUUAUCCUACCAGUGGAUAUCAGUCAAGCUUCCAAGUAGUCCCACCAGUUCAUCAACCAGUUCAACCACAGUAUGGAAUGCCUGGUGCAGUGCCUGCUCCUGUUGUACCAACGCUUGGCGCAGUUAGCGCAGUUUCAGUUACAGUCCCUCCUGUUCCAAUCCAGUACCCAAUACCUCAGGUGCAGCAAGUGGUUACAGCAGAGCAGCCUCCAGUAGUUGGUGUGUAUCCAGCAGUCUCAGUGAAAGCUGACCUUACCACAGUGCUACCACAGCAGCCACAGACUCAGCCACAGAAGAGGCGUUUCACAGAAGAGGUUCCAGAUGAGGCAGAUUCUGGGCUUCUUGGUUACCAGCAUGGACCCAUUCAUAUGACUAAUUUAGGUACAGGCUCCUCCCUGCAGAAUGGAAGUGACACCUUAGGAUCCAACCCAUCUGGUUCCUCCGGCAAGGAAAAGGAGAGGGACAGACAAUUGAUGCCACCACCAUCCUUUCCAGUGAAUGGAGUAAGAUUGGAGUCUGAAGAUAGAAAUGGUUCAGGUUCUUUGCCGGGCAGUGUGGAUCCUCCAUCUAAGAGGCUUAAAACAGGUGAAAAGGGAUUUGGAUUGGUGGCGUACACGGGGGAUUCAUCUGAUGAAGAGGAGGAACAUAUUUCUAAUAAAGCAAACAACAUGCCACAGGGAUGGAGUUCAGGAUACCAGUUCCCACUGUCACAGCAGCGAGUCAAGCAAAUGCCAUUCUGGAUGGCCCCAUAGACUUCCUUGGAGAUGUGCACAAGUAUCCCUUUUGUAGCAAUAAUGCAUGAACAUUAUGUAUUAAAAGAAAAGGAAAACUCUUCAAGAAGGUUGCCUUUUUCCUUCACAGAAGCUACAUGUAAUGUCUCUGGAAAGACUUUUGUCAGUCGUUUUGAGGGCACAUGUAUGACUGCAAGUCACUGUUGCCUUUGUUGCAGAAUUGAUGCAGUUUGAUCACUACGUGACUGCAAUGGAAAUGCUGUUAGUUGGUGCUCAUUUCUCCUUUUUGUCUUAAGCAGGCGUUUGUGUAUGAACACAAGAACACCACACCAAGGCCUUGAUCUCCAUAGACAAGGGUACCUCGGAGCCAGUGUUAAAUAGUUUUAUUGUAGGAUUUAUGGAAAUGCCAGUCUGAAUGUCACAAGUCUUGAGCAGAUGUUUGGCUUUGUUGAUUCCCUUUUCCCAGCAGAACGUCUUGGACCAAAGUGCAAAAACAAAUCUUUUGUCUCUCAUAAAAAGUUGAGAUGGGGGGGCAGUUCUGCAGCUGUUUGUGUAGUUAGCAGGGAAGGCAUUGUUGACUACUACACUUUUUUUUUCCUGAGUGGACAGUAUUAUGCAUACCUUUUUCCUUAUCACAGUAGCCACAUUGUACAUUUGGUUGGCUAAUACAGAUAAAGGGCUUGCCCAGUGGCUCCACUGCACACCUUCCCAGCUACUUAGUGUGUACCUAUGCAACUAGGUUUAACACUGAUGCACAUUUUCACACAUUUGUGCACCUUCUCCUUUCCAGUUCUGAAAAAUUAAUAUAUGGAAAAUCUGUGCAUUUUAAUGUGCUUUUUUAGUCUGUUCCUGCUGGUCACUAUUUUCCCUCAGAUGAAAUUUUCUAUUGAUUUACAUUUGUCAGGAGUGUGAUGGAGUGAGAGUGCAAUAUUUCUUUUUUAAGCCUUGGCACAUUAGCAUAAAGGGCAAGUACUUUUUGGCAUUUAGGUUGUAAAUCUGUUGAGGAAGCAAAUAUAGUCUGUGUCCACAUUGCUAAAUGAAGCCCUUUAACCGAUUUCCUCAGUUUUGGUGAGGAUUGCGGCACACAUUACAUUGUAGUGCAAUGAGGUCCUUUUGGUACAGGUACAUGCUACACAGUCUCUGUGUACACCAAAUUGGUGUAGCUCAUAAGCAACUAGAGAACUAAAUUUGUGUAAAUGGAACUGUGAAUCUGCAGGAUCCAUUGAUAGGAUCCGAGUCUAGUCUAUUUUGAUGGCAUUUUAAGUAUUUUCUGUGGAGAUGCAUUUGCUAGUUUUCUUAUAAGAGUAUCAUAAUUUUCUGCUGUCCCAUCAAGUUCUUAUAGCUUUGGGUUUGCUGUUUUCAGUUUUGCUUGUACAGGCACAGCACAAAGUUGGCAGCAGUUUCCUGCACACUUAUUUCAAGGCUGACAGUACAGUGUUCUUUUGCUCAUCUGUUAUAAAUACAUAUCAACAGAUCUGGUGAAAACAUGAGGAAAGUCCUUCAAAGAAGGAACUGUUUUUGUAUGUGAUAUGCACUUGUAUUCAGUUUUUUUUCUUUCUUUUUUUCAUUAGAAUUGUUCUGAUUGAGAAGAAAAGCUGUGCUUUACAGACAAACUGGCAGUAUUUAAACCAAGUGACUUUUUUACCAUCUUCUAGACUGGCUUUGUACAAAGUGUCAUUUCUCAUUAAAUAUGUAAAUAUUACCUUAGAAUACUUGUAAAUAAAUUAUAUGGCUGGUU